CAUGCUCUAAGCGCGGCGCCCCCGACUCCUCACUCGGCUGGGUUCGGGCAUUUCCGCCUCUUUGUUUUAAACUCCGCACGGCUUUUUUCUCCUCCUCUUGGGGGGGACCCAGAGGGAGCGGCGCCCCCUCCCCCUCCCGGCGAGCCCCCGCGUGCGCCCGCUCGCCCGCCGCCCGAGACGCAGAAUGACAGAUGAGGGUGGCCAGUGCUCUGCUUAGGACUUCACGAUGUAGCCCCGAUUCCAGGCUAUCAUUCACAGAAAAUGGAAAAGGAACAAGGGACAGAAGGAAGGUGCAGAAGCCCGCCAGAACUCAGAGUAAGGAGGGAUCACCACAUCCACUUGGUGGCCUGAAGCCUCCAUGCCACCGGGUGAGGAAGGACUCACAGACAUCCAGAGGAGAAGCCAAAGAUGUUGACCAGGAAGAUUAAACUCUGGGACAUAAACGCCCACAUCACUUGCCGCCUGUGCAGCGGCUACCUCAUUGAUGCAACUACGGUGACUGAGUGUUUGCACACAUUUUGCAGGAGCUGCCUGGUGAAAUAUCUGGAGGAGAAUAAUACCUGCCCCACUUGCAGGAUCGUGAUCCAUCAGAGCCACCCGCUACAGUAUAUCGGUCAUGACAGAACCAUGCAGGACAUUGUUUACAAGCUGGUACCAGGCCUCCAGGAAGCGGAAAUGAGGAAACAGAGGGAAUUCUAUCACAAACUGGGCAUGGAGGUACCAGGUGACAUCAAGGGGGAGGCGUGCUCAGCAAAACAGCACUUAGAUCCCCGCAAUGGUGAAACCAAAGCAGACGACAGUUCCAAUAAAGAGACAGCAGAAGAGAAGCAGGAGGAGGACAACGAUUACCACAGGAGUGACGAGCAGGUGAGCAUCUGUCUAGAAUGCAACAGCAGCAAACUGCGGGGCCUGAAGCGGAAGUGGAUCCGAUGCUCAGCCCAAGCAACAGUGCUGCACCUGAAGAAAUUCAUCGCCAAGAAGCUCAAUCUCUCCUCCUUCAAUGAGCUGGACAUUUUAUGCAACGAGGAGAUUCUGGGCAAGGACCACACUCUCAAGUUCGUGGUUGUUACGCGGUGGAGAUUCAAGAAGGCGCCCCUCCUGCUACACUACAGACCCAAGAUGGACUUGCUGUAAGCCCAGCCAGACUCAGCCCACACCCAAUGCUCUACACGGCAAAAUGUGCCGUGGAAUGUUGCCUCUGGGUGCCAUGUGGACCAGAUUUCUGAAUAGAGAAUAUUUAUAACUUUUGUAUGAGAGAAUCCACUCCCAACAAGACACUACCAGCACGUGUUUACAGAGGAUGAAAACACUUCACAGUUCGCUCCUCUCUGCUUCAGGUCCACAGGCCAGAGAACAAGUGAAUCCGUGACCACACGCAGCGCCUCUGCUUGCUUUCGGGGCUUGAGAAUCUGAGUUCCUUUUGGCUUAAUUUGUGGAUUAGGUUUCAUUAUAAGCCUCAGAAACACUUAAGCUUUCAUUAAGUCCUUCCUAAGUUAUUGAAAGUCUUUUCAUGGUAUAUAUUUAUGUUGCCUUUAGCUUCCUGAAGACUGAAGAGAUAUAUAAAAAUUUAAUUUAAAGUAUACCCAAAGAGGCUUGCAGUAAUACUAUUAUUUAGCCAUGGUAUUUAAUUUCCCACCUUCUAGAGUACAGCAGAGGUCCAUUCCCAAAUUAGAGUCUUGUACUGUGUAUCCUGGCUGGGCAAGGGGAGACCCUGCCUCAGUCCCCAGCGUCUUGUGCUGCAGUUCCGGCCCCUCCGUAAGGCAAGUCAGGGGUGAAAUGGCUGGUGCAGCGCUGGCUUGCUGAAGUCAUCGUGGAAGGUCCUGCCUUUCGCUUUCUGUUUUCCUUCAGCUGGCAAGACGUGGUGGUGGCUGUUUGUCUUUCCAAACAGCACAAGCCCUCCUGUGGGGAGACCUUGUAAAGGCACUUGGGAGGUGACCUCUAACCUCUGUGUUCCUGGCAGUUGGUAUUUCCAGGCUUGCCUUUCUGCUCACGGGGUUAAGAUCUAUUUUUUUUUUUUUUUACCCCUUUUUUAUGAAAAGUAACUGAGCAACCUGCUCAGCAGACAUUUUUCCGGUCACAGACAGGAUACUGUUUGUGAACCUCCCACUUCACGUGUAAUUUAUUUGGUUUGGUUUGGUUAGAGAGUAAAUGCCAGCAUAUCCAACUUUGUUCUCUCUUAAGGGGUAUGAAGGCAAGAGCAAAGAGAAGGGAUAAUGGCCUGGGGUUCCCAGGGACCUCUCUCAGUCACUUCCUGCCCUCCCAGGCCCCGUGGGAAUCGUAGAACCCUGUAAUCCCAGGGUUAGCUCUGCUCUUGGUGGGCAGAGGAGGAUCUUAGUGUGUCCUUGGGGCCAGGCUUUCUGUGUCUUCGCCUUAGCAACUGGAAUUUUUCUUGCAUUGCUUUGACAGUUGGGAUUGGGUUUAUCAGUGCCCACUCUUCCACU